GCUUCGGGUUUGAGUGUGUAAGCAACAAGUAUAGGAUGGUGAAAUUUAAAGAAUUGUUACAGCUAGUUCCUGAUUUUCUGAAACUGUAAAAAGUACUCUCGAGGUUCUUAAUUUUUCCCAUUUGAAGAAUCUGACAAGAAAACAUUCAAAAGUUUUUUUAGGAUGAGGAGAGUUUGACUUGUUUGUCCACUUCCACUUCUAUCCAGAGGUCCUCUAUUAUAGUUGGUAUAAAUGGAAUUAAUUUACCACAAGAAAGCAGAUAGACAUUUACUGUUAGUGAAGAUUUCAAGAAACAUGUGAAGAUAGAGGAUAACAUUUUACUGCUGAUCUUCAACUUCUCAGUGUUUCAGAGAUAGAAAAUUAUAUAUUCAAAACAAAAACCAUGCAGAACAACACAACAGAAAUUCAAGAACCACAUGUACUAGACCUUUCCUUAGUAGGCAAAAAAAAGUUAAAUGAAAACACUUCACCUGCCCUAACCAGUAAGGAUCUACUCCUUUCUUCUAAAACUUGCCAACAGAGUCCUAAGUCUACUUCUAAGAAACUAACUACAGAAGAGGCAUCAGGUGAUGAUUCCAAGUCUGUCUCACUGAGUGAAUCUGGGAGCUCUAACUUAGUGACUGAUAAGAAUAACAUCUGCUCUGUAAAGGAUGAGAAAGUAGAAUCAGUUUCAAAUAUGAGUCAAGACAGUUUUUGUGGUAUCCAGAAUAAGUUAGAGGAGGACUUGAAAAAUAAAACGAUACAGAAUAAAAAAAGUGAAAUUCAACAUGUUCUUUUAGAUAAUGAAAAUGAUAGUUUUAGUACUGAUAGAAAUGAGACAGGACAAUUUGUGUCAGAAACUUUAGAAGAAGAUAUCUCUAUUACAAAUAAUGAGUCUAGCCAGACUGUUUCAGAAAUCUUAAAUGAUAAUACUGCCCUUGACAAUGACAUAUCAGUUUCAAAGUCUUCAAAUCAAGCUGUUUCUCUAACCAAGAAUGAAUUGAAUCAAUCUAUCCCAAAAAUUAUAAAUAAAGGUGAUUUUUUUCCCCAAAAUGACUCGGAACAUCUUUUCCAAGAACAUGAAAAUGAUUUGCUUACUAAAAGUGACUCAAGUCAGCCUGUACCAAAAACUGACCAAGGUAUUGUAUUUCCUGCCAAAAAUAAACACCAUGCUGAUGUAAAGAAUACAAAAAAUAAUACUUCCCUUACUACAUAUGAACAUUUAGUUCCACAGGGUAAGAAAUUAUGUGUUACUCCUACUAAGACAAAUCAUUCUGUUACUAACAAUAGCAAAGACAAUCCAACAGUCAACAAAGCAAACGAUGAAACAGUAAAAGAAACAGUAGGGAAGAAAAAGGAAUACCAAUUUCACAUGCAACCAGAACAUACAGUAGAUGGUAAACAAGGGAAGAAGCAGUACAAGUGUGACAUAUGUGCAGGAAUUUACCGACACGCUUUCAGUCUCAAAAGGCACUUCUUGAGGAACCACAUCAAUUACAAGUACUUGUCAGAUUCAGAUAUUGCAAAUUGUAACAUCAAUGUGAAUUCUUUGAAAGAAGAUCAAAAGACAUCUGCUGGAAAAUCUGUGAAUCAGAAAAUUGAAACAUUGGGAGCUAGAAGUGAAGAAAAUAAGGAGAGUGUAGUUUCAACUUCGGAAGACAUGGUUGGAUUGUAUCGUUGUCACUUAUGUCGACAGUUAUUCGAUACCAGAGGUGACCUUAAAAGUCAUGUCACUAACCACCCAGCAGUUCCUAGUCAGAAAAGUUUCUCAUGCCCUGAUUGUGAUAUGACAUUCACACACAAGCAGAACUUGGUGCGUCAUUCAUCUGUUCAUGCUGAAGUUAAAGUCUUUGAAUGCAGUUUCUGUUUCAAAAAGUUCCGUACGGCUGAAAAGUUGCAGAAACAUGAGACUUUACAUAAAGGAGGAAAAACGGUAAUUUGUAAUUAUUGUAAUGGUUUGUUUGCUUUGGAAAAAUCAUUAAAAAAACAUAUCAUGAAAUUCCACAAGGAACAUAUAUUCUCGUGUGAUAAGUGCCCAAGAAAUUUCACAACCAAAGUCUCACUUGAGAAACAUCAAAGUGUAAAACAUAAUGCAAACAUCUCAGUAGAGCAGCCUCUAAAGAUUUGUAAUGAAGAGGUAGCAGAGGGUGGAGAGAAGAGGAACUCUAGAAUUUAUUCUGAAGGUAAUAUUGAAAGCCUAUUAGUAAAUGCUUCUAUGGCAGGGAUUCAAGUUUCUUGCACCGUUUGUAAAAAACAGUUCAGUUCAUAUGUAAAUAUGUGUCGCCAUCGACGUCUUGCUCAUCAGUAUAUCCCAAGAGGAAAGCAAGGCAAGAAUAAGUAUGGAAAACCUAUUGUGCAAAAUUCUAGUGCCUUGCAGGAUAGUAGUUGUGCACUUUCUGAAGCAGAGUUUUUCUUGACAAUAGCUGAAAAAAUUUCAGAGAACCUAAUACAUUUUGUGGAUGGAAAAUCUUCACAAAUUCACGAUGGUACUAAAAAGUCUCCCAGCAAAUAUAAAAUGGCUGUUAAAAACAAGGUGUUAUGGACAAACUACAAUUUUCCUUCAGGUUUCGACUUCAGUAGAAAUGAGGAGGUGCCAGAAGAGAUUGACAAGUCACAACCAAGAAGAACAGAACCAGAAAUACUUCCUGAAGAAUGCAACAUUUUAAAAGCAAUUGGAUUGAAACAGGAGUGUGAUGAAUAUGGAGAGGGAAAUGAAAUAUCUGGAAUGGAUAACUUCUCGGAAGAAUCUGGACCAAUGUCAGAUGAGGAACUUGUGAUGAACAAAAGUAAAACACAAGAGAUAACCGAAUCUUCAGUGAAAAGUACUGUUAUGGAAGGAAAUAUCACAUACAUAUGUAAAACUUGUGGGGAGAGAUUUGCUUCCUUGAAAAUAAUAGAAGAUCAUAAGUUAAACAACCAUCCAAAUGUUUUCUGCACACAUAUUGAAGUUGAAGGAGAGAAGGAAAUUCCUCCUGAGAUUUGCUAUCACCUAUGUAGCCCUGUAGGAAAACUGAGAAGCUGUGUGGUCCCACCUUUAACAUCCACAGAUAAUUCCAAACUUCAUUGUACUAAGUGUCAAGGGACAUUUGACUCUGUUCCAGAUCUUCACCUCCACAUUUUAGAGUGUGGUGGAGACAAGAGUUUCAUUAGGUAUAGUCAAAAAAUUAACAAACUAUAUAAAAACAAAAUUAGGAAGAGGAGAAAGUAUGGAAAGGGUAUCCAGACAUAUCUUGAUGAAUAUCUUUGUACAUCAAGUUAUCAGAAAAAGCCCAAAAAGAUUGAAAAAUCCAAGAAACCCAUGUGGGAGCUAAGAUACACUAAAAAAUCAUCCCAACAUAUGAAAACAAUAAGCAGUGACCAGAAUGAUAUAUUUACCUGUGAUGGUUGUGAUAUAAAGUUCAAUUACUUUGCAGCAUUCCAGCGACAUAAGCGAGGAUGUCCAUUAAAGAUUGCAUUAGAAGUAAACAGCACAGAUUCAAAUUUAUCUUUAACUAAUACAAAAACAUUAAGCCAAAGGCAUAGUUGUCGUCGCUGUGGCAGAAGGUUCACCUAUUUAGCUAGACUUAAGAAACACAUUAAAAACAAAUGUUAUGGUAAGAAGAAGCAGGAAUCAGUUACUGAGGUCAGCAAAAAGACUUCAGAAAAUGUUAUUGUGAACAAAACUGAAAAAAGUACAGCAAGCGUUUUGUUAGAGGAAUGUGACCAGAUAGCUUCUGAGGAUAACAACACUGCAGAUACAGAAUGCAAAAUUAAUCAGGAAGUUAAUGAAUUAAAACAUAAAGUAACUGAGUUAAGUACAACUAAAGAAGACCCUGGUGUUGACUUAGUAGUUUUUGAAAGUGAUUCUCGCCAAGAAAAAUGCCUGGAUUUUGUUCAGCCUGAGACAGAUAUUUUAAAGACAUCGAUUGCCCAAAAUAUUGAUUCCAUCCCUCUGUUGUCAACUUGUGAAAAUAUAAGAAAAUCCUCACGAAGGUGUAAAAAGCCUGGUCCUCUUGAGCAGCCAAAGAUAUCCCCAAGAAGAAUCAAAGCAAAAAAGAUAGAACAGGAGCAGUCUGAUCCUUCAACCCUUCAGAAUAGUGAAACAAGGGACUUAUCAGAAAGCUUGGAUACCUCAAAUAAGGACACAAACCCCAAAAAUAUACUUGGAAAUGUUGAUAAAUCCCAGGAAAAAGAACUUGUUUCAGAAAGUUCAUGUGUAAAUUGUGACACUUUCACUUCAGAGAAUUUAAAUUCCACGGAUCAGGAAACAUUCACUGAAAAAUCAAUGGAGGAUUCUGUUCCUUCUUUUAAUGAGAAGACUGAUUCUGAGAAGCUAGAUAAUAAUAAUACAGCAUUAGAGGUGAGCUUAAAGACAGAAUCUCCAUCUUUACCUAGUCUAAAUCCUCCACCUCCAGUAAUAUUACACUCAACUCCAAAACUUUAUCUGCCCAUCAAGCCAGCAUCUGCAACAUCAAUAAAUCAAACGCACAAAUGUUCUGUUUGUCGACGUACAUUUUCCUACUUGGCAAACUACAGAAAACACAUCAGAGAUGUCUGUCCAGCUGCAAAAGAAGUGGAAGAAAAGAAGGAUGUAAAUCUGUUGAAUUUACAAGGAAAAAAAGAAACUGAAUUUGGUAGUGGAGUAAGUCCUUCGACCUUAUCUGUGCGUGGUCAGAUACAGAAUUCUGUUCUAGGAAUUCUUAGAGCACAAACAAAGCAACAAGAGAUGAUGAAUAUAUCAAAAGAAGAGCAAAAAUCUGCAACUUCACCACGCUUCCAUACUUUUUCAUGUAAUAUUUGUCACAAAAUAUUUUUCUCUUUUCUUAAACUGCUCCAACACAGCAUGUCACACAAACUGUCUGUGGAGGCAGAGGAGGAUAAUAAUGGCUUGCCUAAAAAUCUGCAAGAUAAUUUGAUCAGCUCUUUACAUGAUAGUGACCAAAAAACAGAAAACAGUAGUCAGAUAGAUUGCAGUAAAAUUUCCGAUCUCAGCAACUCUAUUGAUAAAGACAGUAGGUCACAAGUAGAAUCUGUUAAUGGUGAGAUGUCACCAGGGACAAGUAGUGACAUUGUGAGUCAGGAAAAUGUACAUGAUGUUCAGAAUCCAACAGUAGUAGACACAGCUACCUCAGAGAAUACCAAUUCUCUUUCAACAGCCAGUUGUGAACCUCUUGAAGUCAAGGCAGAAAACAGUGGUGAAGGCAGUUUGAAGAGAAUCUCACCAGGAAGGCCACCAGGGUCCAAAAAGAAUAAGGGAAAAACUGUUGCAAGUACUAGUAAAAGAAAAUUCUCGCUGCGUAAAGAUGACAAACAAGAAGAAACUGCUAGUGUUCAGGAAAGUUCUUUAACAGGACCUUCUUCAUCUAAAAGACUGAGAAAAUCAGUUAGGAAUAAGUAGAGAUACACUUGGUGGCAGCUUCAGUUCCCUACAUUUAUCAGUUGGUUCCAUAUAUAGUUAUAAAAAAAGACCCCACCAAAAGAAUGUAGUAACUAGUCAGUUUCUGAUGACUUGUAUGUGUGUAGAUGACAUUCACAGGAUAGAUAUGUGGUGAUUUAUAGAUUUUUCUUCCAAUUCAUGUAUAUAAUUAUAAAUAAUAAUAACAACUAAACUAGGCACAUCCAAGACUAGUUUUAAUAGGAAAUUACAUUGUGUGCCUUAUUAAAAACUUUUUUCCAAGUCUUUACCUCAAGUGUUUUAUGUCUGUGGAAGAGCAGUUAAAUACAAACUUAUGCUAGUGUAAUGACUCAUUGUGUGUGGCACAGUGGUAGUUUGACACAGAAUGUUUUUUUUUAUUACUUAUUAAUUGGUCUUCAUACCUAAAGUUCAAUAAAAUGUUGGGUAUCAUUUCCUACUCUGUAAUAUGACAACUACUACAGUUUUGGAGCAACAGCUAAAAUCGUAGUACUCUAGCAUAAUAAAUUUGAAUAGAAAUUGUGAGCAUUUCUAUAAAACUAUUUUUAAGAAACUUCGAUCUCAUCCCAAAGUUUUAGUAUUGUGCGUUUCAGUUUGUAUUGUGGAAUAAGUCACUUGUUAGAUAAAUCAACAUACUGAGUCAAACUUAAGAUAUUUAAGCCAAAUCUUUAAAGUGUUGCAGAAACAAAGGCCUAAUGUAUUUCUUAGAAGUCAGUGUGUAUGUAAGAAUUAGUUUAUUGUGGAUUGUGUGCAGUAAAAGAACGUACAUGAGUAAAUGUUAGUUGUUGUUUUUUUAAAUCAAAUUAAGAUAUUCAGAAUCAAAGAUAAAGAACAUUGAGAUUAUUAAGCAGAAACAUUAUGUAGCUUUAACUGGGUUAAUAACUAGACAAAAGCACCAAGACAAAUAAAAGCAAUGGCACUAAAUACUUCAGAGAAAAGUAAUUUCACAAAAUCAUCCAGUACAUAAAAGCCAUUAAAUUGGCUUCUAACUAUACUUUGCUUCCAGGUUUAUAGGAUGGUUUUAUCUUACCAGGAAAUAGCUAAUAGACAUAUUAACACUUUUGUUUGUGUUGUACAAAAUAGAAAAUCAUGAUUUUUUAAAACAAAUCCAAGAAUUGAUAAUAGUAAUGAAUGAAUGUUUUUUGUUGUUUUUUUUUUCAUAUUGGUAAAUUAAAAUCUUACUAUGGUUUUUAGAAGUUGGUUGAUUUUAAACAAAACAAUAAUCUAAUUCAAAUAGAAGAAUCACUUUUUUUUACGUUGUUAAAGUCUUAUAGACUUUAUUACUGACUAAAAAGGUUAGCAUCACUUCUUUUUUUUAUCUUUCUGAUGCCUGAGUUACUGGGAAUUACUAAAAGAUUUGUACUUGUGCAGUUUGCUCAUAAUUCUAUUAAUACAUUUUUGCUCUUGUAUGUCAUGUUUUGUGAAGGGUUUUUUAAGAUGGACAUAGUUAUUGCAUUAUUUGUGAUCAUGUGUUUGCAUAUGGAAUUGGUGGCUUGUGUAGGGUUCAUUAAGGUGGAUGGACAUGCUAGUAUGAUUUCAUACUGUUAGGGCAGACUCACUAAUGGCUUCAUUAAGGUAAAUGUGGUUUAUGUAGGCUUCAUAAUAGUGUACAUAUUUAUUUAGGUUGAAAUGUUACUUUGUGCUUAAUUUACUGAGUUCAAAAUGCUGCUUUUAUGCCCUGUUGUAAUAAAUAUUUUAGGGAUUAAUAAUUUCCAAGUAAUGUUAACCAUUAUAAUAUGGUACAGCAGUUGUGUUUAUCUGUUAAAGUCAAGCACAAGAUAGCACUUACAUGUAAUAAUAGUUAUUGCAAACAUUUGUUUAAAAUAAUGCUCAAGAAACUAAUCAUUUUACUCAAUAGAUGUAAAUAUUAAAAGGUACUUUUGUUGAUGAAACAGGCAGAAAUUAAUAGAAAAAUGCUGUGAUGAAAACAAAGGAAAAUGGAAGUAUAACAAUCUAGAUAAGGUGUCUGUUUUGUGUCUUCUAUGAAUGCCCCCAACAAGCAUUACCAAACUUCUUGUGUCUUUUUUUCUAUUAGUGUUAGUUUUCUUACACAGACAUUGAAAGAUGAUCUAUGAUUAAAUCACAUAAAAGGUGCUUAGUUAAUGCUUAUAGAACACAAAUCCUUGCUAAUGUGUUGAGGAAACUUUCUAAAGUUGUUUGAACAGACUGAUCUAGUUAUACAAAAAAACAGUUAGCUAUGUUAGUGAUCUAAAAAUUAGGCUAGUAAGUUGCUUUGGAAGUAUUGAAAAUGAGUAUGGCCGACAUUGUACUGUUUGAUGUUUAAAAAAAGUUGCAAGUAAUUUAUUUCAAAACUCAACUGAUACUGUUUUGGUGUAUAGCAAGUAUUGAAAGCAUGAUUGAUACUAUACUGAUUUGAAACAGUAUUUACAAGUAUUGAAGGUCUAAUAGUUCUGAGGUGAGAGUCGUAAUCUUUACACUUGAACUGAUGUACAACAGGAAUAUGAAAAGUGACAGUUGCUGUACUAAUGUAAAACACAAGCUUCAAGGAAUGGAAGCUUAUCAGGUACUUUGAUUAUGUGUAAAAAAAUGGGUAAUUAUUUAUUGAGAGUUUGACUGUUACUAUAGUCUGUUUCUAAAAUAAUUAAUCUAUUGCCUUACCUUGUCAUCGUACCUAUUUGAAAAGUUGCUCAUAAUUAGUUUGAGUAUUUAUAAAUCAUUAUACAAGCUUACUAUCGUAUAAUACAUUGAAUAUUUUGCAUUGUGUAUUAAGAGUUGCUCAUUAUUUUCAAAAAAAAUAUAUAUGCGAGUCAAAAUUUGAAGGAAAAACAGCAAGGCAAUGGAUUAGUGUGUUUAUGAAAAAGAUGUUUUUAAUAAACGGCUAUUUCUAGAAUUAGUUUCUAGAAUUUGUCUCCUCAUAUGAUGCUUCCUGAAGGGACUUCCAAUUUUAUUGUAUGUUAGAAAAACUUAAAAUAUUUAAAACAAAUGGAUAUAUGUAGAACAAGUUAAGUACAUUAUUCUGUAUUUGUAACACUAUACCAUUGAAAUUGGAUUACGAGUGUUUAGCACUUGAAGUACUGUUUAAGUGGAUUAUUUGAAUUAUGUUAAGAUGUGUGUAUAUAUAUGUUACUAGAUUGUAGAAAUGCAUACAUUUACGUGGUGAUACUAAUCUUUUAUUUUACAAAUUAUAUUCUCAAAAUUAAAAAUUUAUGGUAAAGUUUGAAAUAUAGUUUGAAAAAAAAAAGAAUUUUUAAUGUAUGUAAAUUUGGGAUUUUGGUAAUGCUGCUCCAUGAAGAAAGUGUGACUCAACAGUGAAGAAGCUGAGUUAAAAUGUUCACUUUUUGUAAAAGUAGCCAAUGAAGAUAAGGAAGAAAAUUUUUGUUCCACAGAGAGUUGAAUAAGAAGACAAAAAAAAAUCCCCAUAUGAUAGCCUAUUUACCAUGAAAGACAUUUCAACUUUACCCCGUUAGAUAACACUACCUACUAUUAAAGCAAGAAAUUUAAAAUUAGUACUAUUCCAGGUUUUUGAUAAACACUUUGUAAUUGUUAUUUUUCUUAAUAUAUGGAUAUAAAUUUUAAGUUAUAAUUAAAUUAUCAAAUAAGUCAAUAAAAAAUGGUACUUGAGCAUUUUUCACUGGGAAAACCUUAAUGGAUAUGCUAUCCAGAUGAUGAUUUAGGUGUAUCAAAUGGUACUCGUCUAAUUUAUGUAUGUAUUACAAAUCUUAAAGUUAACUGUACUAAACUUACACGUAUCUUGCAUAAACUUGUCCACAGUAGUUUUCAAAUUAUGAAUGCACGAAGUCAAUACAUUUCCAGACAUUCUUGCUUUAAAAGAAAUUGUCAUAAGCCAGAUUUUCUGUUAACUUUGAAGAGUUUGUUAAAUAACAUCCAUAAGUGAAAAGCAAUAAAAAUAAGCUUAUGUUCAAACUGGAAAAACAGUUAUUAUAUGCUUUUUAAAAUAGGAUAAUUAGUGUUUUAACUUCAAAACAAAAUGUAUUCCCGCUUGCAGUCCAAAGCAAUAAGACAACCUCUUACUUGAGAUCUAAAGUUAACAAAUUGUGUCUUCUGUUUCAAAGCAAUAUGAUAAAUUCCUGUGUAACCUUCAAUGAUUUUAAGAGCAAAUCACUGGAUAACAAGAUAAUAUUUUUAGAACUACAUAUAACAUUCUACUUAAGCCCCUGGCAAUAAAUUCGUUUAUGCCUAACACUUCUUAAAUUUUAUAGGCAACACAAGUUGACCCAUAUAGUAACAUAGAAGAAUAUAUAUAUUUUGCAAGUUCAGAUUUGUAGUUGUUUUUUUUUUUUUUUUGUGAUUGUGUACAACAGCAUUGAAUUAUUCAGUGAAUGCAAAUGAAAAAUAAAUGUUUUGUACAUGCUUUGAAGAUGAAUGAUUGCAUGAAGAAUAGAAGACUUGCAGCAAUUUUUUCAUAAAUUAAUAACUUGGAUAUUAAAGGUUUGAGUACCUGAAAUAGUUUUUUUUUAAUUUUUAGUUAAUAUGAUGCUUAAAAAUGUAGACAGUAAAAAAGUUGAAACAAAGCAUCCAGAUUUUAGACAUUAAUGUUUUAUUUUUUUUAAUAUCAACAUGUGAUUUUUAUAUUAUUUUCUUAAACUUGUUUAAUGUGUGUUAGCUUAACUUGCUUUUCUGGUUUCUCUAUUGUUGUUUAGACCAGUUCCAUUUAUAUCAUUUAUGUGUGUGUGCUUACUGUAUGGUAUAACAGGAAAGUAUUAAGGGACCUUUUUCUGUAUAGUAAUCUCUCUUCUAUAUCGAAGCAUAUUUUAGAAUUCCAGUAUUUACAGUAAAGUAUGCACAGAUCUGUAAAAUAUAUAAUAAUAAAAAGAUUAGGUUUGUUUAAAUAAGAAUUUGAGUGUUGUAGUUGUUCGUAAAAAUUAUUUUGAAUGUUUUAUAUAUGGAAAAGAUGUCAUAAAUUGUGUGUAGAGUUCUAUCUUUGAUUCUUUGCCAUUUUUGUAAUACAUGGCAGCAAUAAAUUGUUUUAUGAAUUUUCAAAUUUUGUUUUCUGAUGAGAAGAAAGCAUUCAUAGAUAACAGAUUUGUUUAUUCAAAAGAGUGAACAAAAAAGGAUGUAAACAAAUUUUCUUCUUGCAGUAGGUUUUUUUUUUUCACUAGCUUUUAAGGAACAACUAAAGAUCAGUGAUUCACUGCCUGUAGAAAUAUGUUAAAUAACAAAUUAGACUUUAUGGUGUGAUGAAAAAUUCAACUUUCUAUGACUUAAUCCACAAUAAUUUCCAGUAUACUAAGCAAGUGGUAGUGGUCAUCCUAACUGAUGGUGUUCUUUUUUUUGUGAAAAUAAUUGAGGUUGGUUUUACAAUUAAUAUUUCUAGCAUGUAGGGCAUCAUAGUACAGUAUAAUUAAAGUUUUUGACUGUGCUCAGUGUUUCAUGAUUAUGCUAAUUAACAAAUAUUGAUAUAAUCACAAAUUUAUUUGACCAGUUGUUUUAACUGUAAAAGGCAAAUUGAGACAGUGGAGGUUAUUGCAAGAAUUUACUAGGAGUUGGUUCAUAGUUUAUUUAUAACAGUAGUUUUGUACAAUUCACACAGAAUUGUUUUUAUGUGGAUUGCAUUUGUAAGUCAUCAUUAAAUUCUAAGGUCACGUGUGAGGAUUGUACUUGUAGCUUACUUGGAAUAUUCCUGUUGAAGCCGUCCCCUUCGCUUGUGUAUUCCAAGAUAUUUUUAAAUACUGGUUCUCUGCUCUCUCUCUCUUCAUUUUUUGUGUAGUGCUUCAAUUAUCCUCUUAAUUUUCUGUUUUAUUUGUAGCCUUUCAGACACACUGGUACCCUACAACAAUACAUAUUAUGCUAUGACACAGUUGCUGGUUACAGAACUAAAUAAGCUGGGCAUGACUUAUUGAUAAGUACCCAGAUAGUGAUUCUGAGAAUUCGUGGUUUGCGUCCCCUUUAUCACUAAAACAAGCUAUUUCGGGGUCGUGUGUGCACUAUAAGUGAUAAUCAAAUUUCAUUAUUCGGUCAAACAAGAAUUGGCGCUAGUCUUCAGCUU